GUUUUCCAUUUCUCUGAAUUCUCAGCUCCAGUCACCAGAGCACCACCGCAAUUUUGUCAAUUUUCUUCCUUCCUCCUCCGUUGCCGGUGAAGUGGGCUUCAGGCUAGGCGAAAGAGAGCUAGGGUUUCGCGAUUCCUUUUGAUUCCUGAAAGUGAUUUGCGUUAUAUCUUCUCCACAAGAAAAAAAAAAAAAAAGGACAAUGGCGGGAGGUUCGAGCGGUUUCGUUGCUCAACUCAGUUUUACCGGUCUCUCGCGAAGUCUUCAAUCUUCAUAGCCAAAGCCAAAGCAAAGGCUGAGCAUCGUGUUAUUUCAGUUCCUUACCAGUCUGUACAGAUGGAUCAUAAUGAUGUUGACAUAGAUGCUAUCAGUAACUCUGACAGUAUGCAAGAUAUAUUAGUUGAUGUCAAAGCUGAAAACGGUGUUAAGCAUAAGCGAAAGCUUACACCAACAGUGUGGUCCGCGAAUGCUCCAUUGACAGAGCAACAACAAGCAGCAAUAGCAGCACUUUUUCAUGCAUUUGCUGAGCGACCAUUUCCUGUCAAGUUGUCCCAGGAGAACGUAAGCGGACAGGAUAAUGGUUUGUCUGUUUCCACAAAGCACAGUGCUGUGGAAGACUCGGGGGCCAUUGAAGAUGUCAUGGUCAAUACAAAUCAGUUUUACAAAUGGUUUAUGGAUCUUGAAGCUGCCAUGAAAUCGGAAACUGAAGAGAAGUAUCAGCACUACUUAACCACGUUAACAGAUAAGAUACAGACAUGUGAUAGUAUACUUCAUCAGGUGGACGAGACCCUGGAUUUAUUUAACGAACUACAGCUUCAGCAUCAAGCAGUGGCUACAAAGACAAAAACUCUUCAUGAUGCAUGUGAUCGGCUGUUAAUAGAGAAACAAAGAUUGAUUGAGUUUGCAGAAGCACUUCGUAGUAAGCUCAACUACUUUGAUGAAUUGGAGAAUGUUGCCACCAAUUUCUAUUCUUCCAAUAUGAAUGUUGCAAAUGGAAAUUUUCUCCCUCUGCUCAAAAGGCUUGAUGAGUGUAUAUCGUAUGUUGAAAACAAUCCACAGUAUGCAGAAUCAAAUGUUUACUUGGUCAAAUUUCGUCAACUUCAGUCUCGAGCCCUGGGUAUGAUUCGUUCUCAUGUACUAUCUAUUCUGAAAAAUACUUCAUCUCAGGUCCAGGCAGCAAUCCGGAGCAGUAGUGGCAGCAUGUCAGCUGUUUCAGAGGGUGUAGAGACAUCUGUCAUUUAUGUCCGCUUCAAAGCUGCAGCAAGUGAGCUUAAGCCAGUGUUAGAGGAAAUUGAAAGCAGGUCACCCAGGAAAGAAUAUGUCCAAAUUCUUGCAGAAUGCCACAAACUAUACUGUGAACAGAGGCUAUCCUUGGUUAAAGGAAUAGUGCAACAACGGAUAUCGGAAUUUUCCAAGAAGGAGAAAUUGCCAUCAUUGACUAGAUCUGGAUGUGCAUACCUAAUGCAGGUAUGUCAACUUGAGCAUCAACUCUUUGAUCAUUUUUUCCCAUCAUCUUCAGAAGAUAUUUCAAGUUUGGCUCCCUUAGUAGAUCCUCUGUGUACAUAUUUGUAUGAUACAUUACGCCCAAAACUUAUUCAUGAAGCAAAUCUUGAUGUACUGUGUGAACUUGUUGAUAUUCUUAAAGUUGAAGUCCUUGGAGAACAGCUCAACAGACGAAGUGAACCACUUGCUGGAUUACAUCCUACAUUAGACAGAAUUCUAGCAGAUGUUCAUGAGAGACUAACUUUUCGAGCUCGCACGCAUAUUCGUGAUGAAAUUGCAAAUUAUACGCCUUUUGAUGAAGAUUUGGACUACCCUGCAAAGCUCAAGCAAUCUUCUGAGACUAAAUCAGAAAUCACUUCUGCUAGUGAAGACCCAGAUGUUUCUCAAAGUUGGUACCCACCUCUGGAGAAAACUCUAUCGUGCCUGUCCAAGUUGUAUCGCUGUUUAGAACCAGAAGUUUUCACUGGUUUAGCCCAGGAAGCUGUAGAAGUUUGUUCCACAUCCAUCCAAAAAGCAAGUAAAGUGAUCGCAAAAAGAUCAUCACCCAUGGAUGGUCAGCUUUUCCUCAUAAAGCAUCUCCUCAUUCUAAGGGAGCAGAUUGCUCCAUUUGACAUAGAAUUUGCAGUUACUCAUAAGGAACUUGAUUUCUCACAUUUGCUGGAUCACCUGAGACGGAUUCUUAGGGGUCAGGCCUCGCUGUUUGAUUGGUCAAGAUCAACUUCAUUGGCAAGGACUUUAUCUCCACGAAUUUUGGAAAGUCAAAUAGAUGCAAAGAAGGAACUGGAGAAGAGUCUCAAGGCAACCUGUGAAGAGUUCAUAAUGUCAGUCACAAAACUGAUUGUGGAUCCUAUGCUUUCCUUUGUUACCAAGGUAACAGCUGUGAAAGUUGCAUUGUCCUCUGGCAGUCCAAAUCAAAAGCUAGAGUCAGUUAUGGCGAAGCCACUCAAGGAUCAAGCAUUUGCAACACCAGAUAAAGUUUCUGAACUUGUUCAGAAGGUCGGUGUUGCUAUUCAUCAAGAGUUGCCCACAGUAAUGGAAAAACUAAAGCUUUACUUGCAGAACCCUUCAACGCGUGCAAUACUUUUCAAACCUAUAAAGACUAACAUUGUGGAAGCCCAUAUCCAAGUACAAUCCCUCCUAAAAUCGGAGUAUUCUCCUGAAGAGAUACAGAGCAUUAACAUGGUCUCCAUACAGGAUCUGCAAGUGCAACUCGACAACCUCCUGUAGGAUGCUUCCGAAGUCCUUAGAAGAUGGUUGUGUGCAUGUUUAUGUUCUUAAUGGCAUUCUUUGUUUUGAAUGGAAGAAUCUUUGAGGCUACUUGAAAUAAUUGAAGCCCCAAAAGAACUGUGGCCAGAAAUCGCCCCGGGUACAUACGACACAGAAAAACAGGAAAAUCGUGGAUUGAAUUUUAUUGAUGAAUGCUGAGGAGACGAAUAGUGGAGCAGCCUUCGAUUUCCCCAUAAAGGAAAAUGGAGAUAGUAAUACAAAGCUGGUUUUGAUUAUCGAAUGGUAAUAUUUUUUUUUUUCUCCUUUUUAGUAUUUUUGGGUUAUAGUCUUUCUUGUUGAAGACCAUGAGAAGAAUUAGCCAGAAGAGGCAAAAGGCUUGUAUCGACUUUUGUACAUUGUUACCAGCAUGGUACGGGCAAUUUUGUUUUUGGAUGCAA